CGCUAUAAAGUUGGGGACUUGGUGCAGGKACGGAAAUCUGCGCGCUCCUCCAAGAUCCACCCGCGCUACACAGGCAUUUAUGAAGUCACGGAAGUUGGCGCACAGGGACAGCACUCUGUGAAGCUGAUUCCCCGUCACAACUCCCGGCCCUUCCAACCAUCGCUAGGUCCCCUACGGAUCCCCGCUCCUGCGAGAUCACCCUCUCCUUCUUCAUCCUCCUCCUCUUCCCGAUCUGCCUCGUCCAUUGGUGCUGAGAGUGUUAGGGAGCAGGAUGAACCAUCGCCAGCCGGAGCAUGAGCCCCUCGAGCAUUUCCAGACGCCGCUUGCAGAUCGCUUGUUGCAGCAUCGGUUCAAAGAGGAAAGGCAGCUGCGGUAUGACAUUCAGCAGGUGAACGUGCCAGCGCCCGGGACUGCUGAUUUGGCGGCGUACUCAUUGCUUUGCGAUCGGCUGACGUAUGCGGGGGUGUACGUGGACGUGACGCAAUUGCCUGGCCGGGAGACGACUCGAGUGCUCAUCGAGUUCCGCACGCUCCAGGUGGCACCCAACUUCGUGCAGAGCGUCGCCACUUUUAUCGGAGACUUGACGAUCCUGCCGCAGCCGAACCGGGAGACGGCGCGAAGCUUUUUGCGCGAUUACGCGGUGGAAGCGGCCAGAUCAGUGGCCAGAUUGCAAGGACGGGGGGGGCAUCGAUUCACAGCCCACAAAGUGCUACUGCGCAGGGCAAAGGACGGACCGAUUGCGUUGCUAACUGACGUGGAGCCGCUGCCCUUCGCUGACGAAGACGCGUGGGAGUUGCACCGUGCGCUGUACAAGUCGGUGGUGCUGGGGAUGUUCCGGUUCUUCGUGGAUCACGAAGAUAACGCUAUCGGGGAGCACUUCGUCGUUUACUACGUCAUCACGCGGCCCAAGCCAGCGGAGAAGGAAGGGAUGGUGGCGCUGUACCCUUUCGCCCAGCUCCAGGCAAUCGAUCCGGGAUUGUUGGAGCUCAUACACCUUGAGCUCCUCUCCAUUGCGCAGGUGAUCGCGAGCGAGGAGGAGGAGAUCUAACCGCGAUUGCGGACGGCGACGGCCCCACGGAGAACGUACAACGCGGUCGUCAUCCCGAAUUACAUUGCGCAGCGCGC